UAGUGUCAUAUUGGUAUUUGAUUUGCUAUUUGUGUUAUUUUUUUAAUCUUAAAUCUCAAAAUGUGUGAAAUUGAACGAAAAGUGAUUUAACUGUAUUAACGGAAAACAAACUUUAGUAAUGGUGAGUUGUGUCGUUAUCAGGUGUAGAAAUUGUUCAGGGAAAAUAUCAAAAAAUAAGGACGGAAUUACAUUUCACAGGUUUCCGCGGGAUAAGGUGAGAAAAAGAAAGUGGGAGAUUGCUGUAAAUCGGGAGGCAGGCUGGUCGUCGUCUACAUCAAGUACAGUAUGCUCUGAACAUUUCAUCACUAAGGAUUUCUACUUGACAGAAAGUGGUUUACGGAAACUUUCGCAAGAUGCUGUACCUUCUAUUAAUAUAUCAGCAUGUCAAGACUAUGAACCUACAAUAUGUAAUUCUGAAACAGUGGUAAUAAAUUCUAACGAUUCAGAGGAAGUUUUACAAUUAAAAUGUAAAGUCCGGAGACUAGAAGAACUUGCUGAAUUUAGGAAAAGGAAGUUGAAUCACAUGGUGCGGGGGAAAAAGAGACUUAAGAAGAAAUAUGCACAAAUGAAAUAUCUAUUAAAACAUCUAAUAAGAAAUGAUCAGUACAAAGAACAACUGAGUGAUUCACACACUUGAGUAUAUGGAUUUUUUUUAAAUUAUUAAUAAACCAAUGCUGUAAUGUAUUAACAAUCAAGAAGAUCAGGGGUUGGAAAUCUAUGGUCCUCCACUAUCACUCAUCUAAACAAAUGUUUUGAGACUAAGGGCCUCUCCCACCACUGGCCGAUAGAGGCUCAAAUAGCUUAAAAAUGACAUUACUGUCAGGUAAAGUGACAAAAUCUGAUGUUUCCAUCAUGUAUUACACAUUGGAUUGUUAUCUGACAAAUUACAAGAAUAAGGCAGAACUGAGUGUAAACCAAUUAAAACAAAUAUUUCAGCCAACAACUGUUAUAUAGACUUUGGUUAAAUCCCACCAGGGUGACCAUCUAAGGCACUAGAUAUAAAUGGAUGCCAUAUGUCUGUGAAUAAUAGACUCAUAUUAUAUCCCAAAAGUACUUAGAAAGAGGCUGCCUUAGAAAAGUUGCUCGCAUGAAGUGCUAAAACCAGUACUAAUUCUGGCCAGUAAUAAAAAAGGUUGCCAAUCCCUAACUUCAUAAUAAUUGACAGAUAUGGUUUACUUGUAAAUAUAUUCGUAUAAAAAUUUACCCUGUUGCACUUUUAGAAUGUUCUACAAGAAAUUUUGCUUAUAGAUAAUCAAUGUUAUCAUCAUAAUGUAUUAAGUCAUACUUUUUAAAUGGUAUUUUUUUUAUUUUUAUUUAUUAAACCUUUUGAUGUUGUGAACUAAAAA